AUGCCAACAGCCAUCCAAACCAACACCGAGUCCAACUCCAGCUCCAACUCCAAAGGCAACGUCUCCAACACAAUGCGCAACAAAGCAACCGGCCUAUAUGCCUACAUCCACCGCUCCAUAGACUGGGCCAUGCCCCCAUCCUCACGUCAACGCGCUUACGACCACAUCUCAGCCUUUGCUUCCGCCAGACCCAUCCUCUUCUCCUUCAUCGUCGCCCAAGCCCUCCUAUCCUUUCUCCCCAUCCUCCUCUUCGCCACAUUCUCCGUCUCCACCGUCCUGUUCGGCCUCGGCGCCGCCAUCAUCUUCGCCCUCUUCUGGACUGGCCUCGCCCUUCUCGUUCUCGUCCCCACGCUGCUGGUCACUUCGUCUAUUGCCGUCUUGGUAUGGGCCUGGUCCGUGGGCAGCUUCCUGGUCGCGAGGUGGCUUUAUCAGCGGGCGCCGUUUGGCGUGAGUGGUGAGGUGCAGGUCGAUGCUGGGAGGAAGCAGGUGAGUGUUGUGAAGGACGAGAAGGGGCUUGAUGGGAGCGUCAAGGAUGUGAAGGCGGAGCAGUGA